CCGAAGUGGGCGGGGAGGUCAGGUGACCCAGCUGGCGUCCCAAGAUGGCGGCCGCGGUAGCGCCCGGGAGGCCAAGGCGGUGUCCGGGCUGUUGAGGUGACUCCGCGGGACAAGUGACCGGUCGGCCGGACCGAAGGGCCGCGGCGGACGCCCGGACGCCCGGAGUGCUCUGCCGGCACUUGGCGGUGAGGCGGCGGCGCCGGGGGAUGCUGGUGCUGGGCCGGGCCUCUCUUUCCUCAACUUAGGGCGGCGGCGGGCCCGCACCCCUGGAUCCCGGGCCAUGGCGCUGAGGGAACUUAAAGUGUGCCUGCUGGGGGAUACGGGUGUGGGUAAAUCGAGCAUCGUGUGGCGGUUUGUGGAAGACAGUUUUGACCCGAAUAUCAAUCCAACCAUAGGGGCAUCUUUUAUGACCAAGACUGUCCAGUACCAAAAUGAGCUACAUAAAUUCCUAAUCUGGGAUACAGCUGGACAAGAACGAUUUCGUGCUUUGGCACCGAUGUACUAUCGAGGGUCAGCAGCGGCCAUCAUCGUUUACGACAUCACAAAAGAAGAGACGUUUUCAACACUGAAGAACUGGGUGAGAGAGCUCCGCCAGCACGGCCCCCCCAGCAUUGUUGUUGCCAUUGCCGGGAACAAGUGUGAUCUUACUGAUGUCAGAGAAGUCAUGGAGAGAGAUGCAAAGGACUACGCAGAUUCCAUUCAUGCCAUCUUUGUAGAGACCAGCGCAAAAAAUGCAAUAAACAUAAAUGAACUCUUUAUAGAAAUUAGUCGAAGAAUUCCAUCCACUGAUGCCAACCCGGCGUCUGGCGGCAAGGGCUUCAAACUCCGAAGACAGCCAUCGGAGCCAAAGCGAAGCUGCUGCUGACGACUCAGGGCCUGAGCUUGAUGAAGAAGCAGGUGGUCCUGGGUGCUGCAGCAGAGCCGUGCCCUGCCACUGGCCACCACCUCAUGCUCUUUAUGCAAAAAGGACUCCGAGAACCAGCUGUCUGGUUCUCUUGGAAGACUGUAGCAGGUAUCUCUGUCUGCAGACUUCUGUCAGUAGACUCUGGCCUGCAGAGGGACCAUGCACAUCUGUGGCUGUUUACCUAGCUAAAAGGAGCAUCUGAUGUAUGGAUGGUAGGACUGAAUUGCUGGUACUUUUGUAAUCAGGAUUUCAUGUAUUAUUUGUAAAGGGAUAUGAGCACUUUCAUGGGUAUAAGGGAAAGGCCGUGGAGACGGUCAUCUCCUUGGUCCUCAUCUCGAGUGUCAGAGUCGUAUCAUUAAGACGUGGGAAGUGACCUCCAGUAGAGGGAUGGGUGUUCCUGGGACAGCCUCCACAUCUCUAAAGCACUUUCACACACAGGAAAUUAAUGCCGCCAUCACGGCGGCUGCCGGUUCACCUUGGGUUUGCUUCUGACCCUGUCUGUAUGUGUCAGAGCCCACGCACGUUAGUUAUGGUCACCUUUCUACAUAAACUCUCAUGGUCCAGGCGAUGGGGUGGAGACACUACCUGGAGCAGUGGAGCUGCAUGUGUCUCAGCUGAUGAGCAGGGGCUUAAAAAGAAGGGAGAGCAAAGCUGAUGAGUCUUCUGCUGGGAUGGGUUUCUGUUUAUGGGUUUUUUGCCCAGCUUGUUCUGGUGGGGAAAACAACUGCGUGCUGCCUAGCAUAUGUAAAUUUGUAGUCUAUAUUUAUGAGACCAUUGCUUAAAAAUUAUAAAUUAUGUAAAUAUAUUAAUAACUUCUGGAUUCCUUUCAGUACUAAUUUAGUUCUGUGCCCAGUCUCCUGUGUGUCCACCCGUUUUUCAGCCUGACCACAGGAACUCUGAAGCCCAUUGACCUUGUGCAGAAGCAUGGAGCGCUUAGCUCGAAGCUUCCUCCCUCUGCCCUUACCCUUCUGCAUCCCAUCUGGAAAUGGUAAUAAAGGCAUAUGCCUCCUUGACAAGCCUGACUAGUCAGUCCUUCCUGCCCCGGGGAGUAAGCCCAGCACCCGUCACUCACCUAGGGUGAGAGUGAGCUGCUCUCAGCUCUUCUACAGAGCUCGGACCAACUGUUUGAGAGUGCAUUGCUUAUUACCAGCCGGCUCACCUCUCUCUCCUUUAUCUUCUCUCGCUCUGUUAGUGCUUCACACACUUUCCCUCAGGAGCCUAAUGAGGUUUUUAAUAUAAUCUAAAAAUAAAGCACCCAAGUGAAGCUGCUGGGAAUUUGUUCCUGGCCUAAUUUGGCGCCCUUCCAGCCCGGGUAUUGUAAGGGAAGGAAAUUUACAAGAUUAAAUAGGAAAUGAAACAGCCUGAAUUUCAAACCAAAUUGUGUUUUCAGAGCUGUCCUUAACUGAACAGUCAAAACUUUUAAAAACAAGUGUUACUACUUUAUGCCCCUCCACCACAUGCUUACGAUGGAGAGGGUUUAAUGGAAUGGCAUUCCAGGCCACACCAGACCCGAACGAGGCCUUGUAAACAUCUCAAGUUGCUUAUCCUUACUGAAGUCAGACUUUGAGCACCUCUGUAUAAACAAAAACAGCGUUGCUUGGCUCGUGUGGACUAGGCUGCCCAUGUGAGACCCUUUCUGUGGCAUUUCACCAAAAGAUGGUAUAGAUCCUUGACCUGAGGGACUGAGUAACUGGAUCCCAUGGCACAUGAGUGUGCAGGAAAACAUCUCUGCCCCACUGCUCGUGCGUCCAGCGCCUGCUCUCUUCUGCAGCUCCUGGCCUCUCUGGCUUCCUUCCCUCCUGUGUCACAUGUAGCGAGUGACUGGCCACGCGUGAGAAGCAUAGUCUCUGUUCAUGUCGUCCUUGCCCUCACUGUCACCAGUCUGUCCUGGGCUGUCAGGGGCUGUCCUGCUUAUGGUAUUGUGCUGUACUCAGUGACAGCAGAUUUCCGUCAGUCCCACCCUUCCUGGGUAGUGAGCAGAGGGAGAUCUCCAGUUACUUUCUUCUUAAGAGCACAUAUGAAAAUGUAGUCAUAGCACUUCUGGACCACAUUUUAGAUUAAGCAGGAAUCUAAUAUACAUUCUUUGUUUUCCUGGCUGUUUCUUAAGACAAAUAGCCAGACUCCAAAGGCAUUAAGACACACAGCCCUUCCAUAAAAUUCUUUGGUUCCCUUGUGAUGCAGGGCCAUUUUUAAAAACUUUGAAGAAUGAACAGAAGGGAAGAUCUUUAAUUAACUGCCAGUGUGUAUUGAUCUCUUUCAGAGGAACAGGAAUAAGCUCCUUGCAGGUGUCCUAUCCGAGGAACCACUGUCUCUCCAUGUCUCCUUCUAUAUAAGUGUUUUUCUGAUUCUGCGAUAACUAAUUAACUAUCAUUUGGUGAUUAAAGGAACAUAGCGUGAGGGCUUGAUUAAGUGUCCUUCAGUGUAAACUCUGAGACGUGAUUGGGGAGAAAUACCUGCUGCAAGCCCUCUGCCUCCCAGUGCAACGCCGUCACUCGGCUGUCAGCAGCCUCCAAGACAAGUGCUGGACAUGGCAGCCGAGACACUCAUUCCUCUUAAAAUAACCCAGGUCCUUGUUCCCCAUCUAAGAUGGCAUGUCUGAAGUGUCCGCCUCCUCUCCUUGUGCUCCCCUCCCUUCCACGCCUACCCAGGUCAGAGGCUUGAGAUCUUCUGACAAGAGGCUGGGCUACUUGAAGAGGCCAGUGUCCUUGUUGAGAUGAGCUGCCCUAUGGAAUUUUUAAUAGAUGAAGUGGUGGGGGGGGGGGGGCGGUGAGCAACUCACAUUUAAUCUUAGGACUUCUCUGUAAGUCUCAAUAUGUCUCCCCUUGUCUCCAGGAGGAAAAUGGGCUGGGGGGCUUUCUAAAACUCUAAGAGACAUGGUGCUGAAGAUAUUUUGUAACAACUAGCUGUCUCCUGGCACCCCAGGCUGCCAGACCGGAGGGCCUGCUGCUGUGUUUCAAGGGCGCCAUGUUUGAGUAGAUGGUUUGGGUUUGGUAUACACUGCAUGCCAGCACAUCCGCCUCCUCAUCCCAGAAGGCAGCGGUCCAUGGCCUUACAUCGCUUCCUGCUACAAAAGGCACUGAUGAGGUCCAGCUCAACACUUCUUCACACACAUUCUUUCAGAGCCCAGAGACUGUGAACACGACACAUGGGUCCUCAGAUAUCCGUGCAAGACCCUGCGGGAGUCACAAAAGAGUCCUCACCUGGGGACCCCUAAGCUAACCUGCAGUCCUGCUUCAGAACAUGGCUGCCAAACCAGGCUGGCUUUUAUCAUUAAACUUAGCAGACUGUCCCACUGGCCAGCUCCGUGGGAGCCGGCUCCAGGAACCUACAAGUCCUCAUUUAAACUUGCUCUGGAGGGACAAGCAACGUACUCUGUUAUUUGAUUCCAAGAUAUGUCCCACCUCUUAACAGUUCAUAAGUUUCCACAGAAUAAAUGGGGUGAACCUUCAAGAUUCAAGCUGCCAGCUAUGUCUUGCUUGCUCUUCUUGGCUUAUCAAGAAGGAAAAAAAAAUUCAUGUAUAAGAUGACGCUGAAGAUAACCAUGAAUAUGUUUUUGUUUUGGGGGUUGGCACUUGCUAUAAAGGCUGAUGACACAGUCCUAUAUAAUGGAAGGAGAAGAACUCCACAGGUUCUCCUCUGAUACAGAUACACACACACACACAUCAGUAAAUGUCAUCAUUAGAAUAUUCAGAGCAUCCUAUUAUGUAGAGGAUGAACAGCACUGUGCAGCUCUAGAAAAGGAGGGUCAGAUAGAAUUUAGCCCGAGACUCGGAGGGAUGACCUCAGUGAAUUUCCCGUGGCAGCAGAAAGGCUUGUCUUGACUUCCAGUAAUAGAAAACCAGGCAAUUUGAUUAUCUGAUUUGCGAGAAAUGUUAAUGGAAUUCCAGGGCAUUUGUCCUGUUUUAUGUGCAAAUGAAAGCCUGAGAAAUGUUAGGAGGACACCCGACUUCUCAGGAGCCCCCUUCUGUAUCUCGGAAGGUGAUGAGUGAGGGGCCUGCUGCCGUGAUGAAGGUGGUCAGAUGUGCUGCGAAGGGCAGAUGAAGCUCAGGCUCAGCUCAUCCUGCAGGGCGCUGAGCGUGGAGCGGAGUGAUUUACGCCGUGGAGCCGGCACCUCCACCAGCAUACAUCACGUUUAAUUUGAUGGUCUGUACUUCCAGAAAUAACUAAUAUCUGUGUUCUUUCCUCUCAGAGAGCAAUCGAUUAUGGAUGUGCUAGAAUAUUUUGGCUUCAAAACAAAAGGAUUCAGAGGUUUAAUAAUAAAAAAAAAAAUGUCUCAGGCCUUCCAUCGGUGCCUUUUUAUUAUGUCGAACAUUUUAGAUGGCAAGAUUAGAAUAUAUAAAUAGUAGAUGGUGAGAUUAAAAUCAUAGUGUCUAACAAACUUAAGAAAAAAUGUUUUAAUUUGCUGCGAGUUCAUUUUAUGGUGCCCAGUGUCUCAUCAGAGUGCGGCAUAAUUACAACAAGCAAAAGCCCAGGCAGUUCUCCACAGAUAGGCCUUAAGUGCCAAGCUCCAUCUGCCAAUUAAUAGGGAGUCCUAAGACAGCAAUGAUUUUUUUAAAGAGCCUUCUUUAAUUGACAGUUUUCAACUACGGGUCUUAAUGUCCUCCUUAAUCGCACAGUAGAAACAGCCUGCCGGCUUCUGAGUGUCACUUCUCAAUUCAGGAACUUUCCAGUGUUCUAAAGCAGGUUGUUUACUGCAGUCCAUCGGAAGGAAUCAUCUUUAAAAUAGCUGCACACAGGCCCUGUAGUCUUUACCCAGAACUAGCGUAGUCAAGGAGGCCCUGAACAUCAGAAGGCAAGCCGCAUGCCUCAGCCACCGCUCCGGGAAGCAGGGUUUGAGUCAGCUGCCCCGUGGCUGCAGUCUGCCCGCGUGCCCCCCCCACCCCCGGCCAUUGCCAGGCCUGCCCACAAGGAUGUUUGCCUCAAGGACUAAUCCUAGCAUUGUUUGGUCAUCAUUAACAUUGGGCAUUUAUACUUUAGCAGUCCAUCCUUCCCCUAGGAAAAGCUUGGAAGCAAGGCCAUGGAACUCCAUUCCCUCCCAUCCCCGUUUGGAGUUUACUGCAUGGUGCAUGAAACUUUCUCAACUUGGGUCAUGCCCGUGAUGUCAGACGGACCAGUCAGCUUGUUGGGUAGUCAGGGCAGCUGAUCGAAGCUCUGUUUUUAAACCAUUUGUUAGGCUGUUGUAGACAGAGCUUUAUUGCCCUGGGAAAGAUCUUUUUUUUUUUUUUUUAAACUCGUCCCACUCAGUCUUUCCAUCAUUUUACACCGUGAGUCACUCACACCCUCAUCAAUCACCACCCUGACCUUCAGAAAUUACUGCCUGCCUUCCACAAGGAUUGGCGAGGAAUUCUCCCUCGGGCUCCCUGCCCUAGCCACCCCCACCUCAACACAGAAUUCUCCCUCGGGCUCCCUGCGCCUGUGUCGAGUCCUUCUCUCUGUCCCGGAAAGAGCCCCCGGGACUUGUAGAAGGGCGGUGGGCAGCAUGAGCUGCAGAGGCAGACACAGCUACGCAGAGAGGAUGUCAUCUGUCACUGGUGAUAGAUAGGAGGAUGGGCUGAAGGGUCAGAACCAGAACACAUGCAGUUUGUGAGCAAGCACCUGUCUGGGAGUUUAAAAGUCCAAAUCCGACAUCUAGAGAGAAGAGACAAUCCAAGCCCUUGUACCAGCAAUCCUUUUUUUCUCCUAAGAGUGCCGUCCCUUGUCAAGACCCGAUGCCAGGAGUAAGUGACCUGUGCCUUUUACAAUAACAUCUAUUUGAAAAUGCAGUUGCCCCCGGUUUCCCAAGCCUGGUAGCAUUCUAAAUAGCCGCAGUGGCUUCACACCAAAUGACAUACUGCCUGCUUACCCGUGACAUAAUACUGGAAUGAGGAUUUGCCAAGCCUGUAUGGGUAUUCGAUGACUAUUUUUACAGUCUGACCUUGGGCUGGACCUAAGUCUAUGUAAACUGUAUGAUGUCUGUCUUGUUUGUAAAUGCCGAUUAAAGAAAACUCAGCCAUUCGCCUUCUCAUUGUAAGGUUUGUCUCUUGUGUACUUCUGUUUGCAGACAGUAGGUCUGGCAGGCUGUAGAACACUGUUUCUUCAGCUUGCCUUCAACCAUAUGCUUUUUUAGAGUGCGGCAUGCUCUGUCACUAAAAGAUUUGUGUUAAGAAUGGUGUAAAUAUUUUGUUAAUAAAAUGCUAUGUUUACAGAGGCAUGUUUCA